CCACCUCUGCUGUAAACUCCACUGUCCAAAACGCGAGCCGAUUAUUUUUAGACACCAUUCAGUUAAUGGGCCACGCGGACCUCAUACUAUAUUAACCAAAACCAGCCAUACUAAACGACUGAGGAAAUAUUUAGUUAAGGCUGCGACAAUGUUAUUCAAAUUCGGUAUCAUUCUCACUCCAGAGUCUUCGGAUGUAGAGGUCUUUGUUUUGGGUUCGCGUACGGAAAUGGGCAACUGGGAUCCGAGCGGAGCGGUUGAGAUGAGAGCCUCCCAGAAGCUCCUGUCAACACAUGAACCGUGUCUGUGGAUCGGCGACGUGCAGCUGGCAGAGCCGUUCAAAGACACACUGUGGUUCAAGUUCGUCAAAAGAGUCCGAGGCACUUAUAUCUGGGAAGGCAGCGGUCCAAGCCAUGACAGAUGUUGUUCAUAUGAUGAGAGGAACAUCGUGGAUGGAGUGUACUGCCAUCCGAUUGGUCACUGGAUAGAGGAAACAGGACACACAGAUGAGAUGAAACACACCACCAACUUUUACUUUAGUGUGGCUGGUCAGAAGGCCAUUCAUUUCUCCAGGGUGCUGCCACGUAUUUGGCUGGGCAGCUGCCCUCGACAGGUGGAACAUGUGACUAUAAAGAUGAAGCAUGAAUUGGGGAUUACUGCAGUGAUGAACUUCCAGACAGAGUGGGAUGUGGUGAACAACUCCAAUGGCUGCAGGCGCAACCAUAGGGAAGCCAUGACCCAUGAGACCAUGAUGCAUUUGUACAAAGACUGUGGCCUUGUGUAUGUGUGGAUACCCACACCUGACAUGAGCACUGAUGGUCGGAUCCGGAUGCUUCCCCAAGCUGUAUUCUUGCUCCAUGGUCUCUUGGAGAAUGGUCACACGGUCUAUGUUCACUGUAACGCUGGAGUAGGCAGGUCGACGGCAGCUGUGUGUGGCCUGCUUAUGUACGUCCUUGGCUGGAGCCUGAGGAAGGUGCAGUACUUUGUUGCAGCCAGAAGGCCGGCAGUGUACAUAGAUGAGGAGGCUUUAGUCCAGGCUCAGGCAGACUUCAUUCAGAAGUUUGGACAACUCCGAUCAUCCAUCUCUUACACAGAGACAUGAGACAUUGAGUGUCCUAAUAAUUAAGUCUUACAGUUAUGGAAAGCUUUACUGGACUGGACUCCUUUAAACUACAAUGAUUCGUGACAAUGUGUGAAAAAAAAUAUACUGUAUAGUCAGUGUGAGAGGUGCCAGAAGGUGAAAUAAACUGUGGCAAGAAAAUUAACUUCUUUCUACUUAAAUCUAAUGUAAGUAAAUGACCCACUUCAGCUGAAUGGCUUUCGAAAUCUGGUUGAGCCCCAAGUAUCUGGAGAGAGUUCCGCUGGCUGACAGCAUAGAUGUUCCAAGCAAUUAAUCCUACUGUGAUGUGUUAGCUUUUUUUUACUUCAAGAUUUACUCUCUGCAAUUUAGCACAUACAGUUGCAAAUUGUGCACUUGAAGUCAGCUUUAGGACACUAUUAGUCGUUUUCAGUAUAUGUCUGCAGGGGCGCUUGGAAAGACCUAUUUGUUUAGCCUUUUUUUCUAAUGAUCAAUACAUAGUUGACAUUUUGAGAAAGCAACUUUAAGCUGAUGUGUUAAACAGCAAUGAAUGAGAAUGAAUAACAGCAAAGAAAUAUAUACAGUAUAUCACAAUACUACCUAUACCGCUGUUUGCUCUCAUCAAAAGUUGUGCUCCUCAGUAAAGGAUUAUUCCACAGUUGCUAUUGCAUAAUUAUGUAUCAAGUUUGAGGAUAUUUUUUCAGAAGGAAAAAAAAAUCCUUUCUUCUUUUGGAAAGAGCUCUUAAUGCUGCAUGAAAAUAGCACUCCUUGCCAAGGCAACAACUCAAUUCUUAAAACCAAAAUAACAACAAUGCCUCUGUCAGAGAGGUAUUCAGCUCCCAGACAUUGAAGAAUACUGCUCCACCCCAUCUCUCUCAGAGAGCUUGAUAGCAUUUCAUCUUUAUUUAUUUAUACGACAGAUGCUAUUCCGACCCAUCUCCCAAAUAACAAAAACAACAUCCCUGCCAGACCAUUUUAAUGCAUACAUAAGAAGAUUAUUGGAAUAGUGUUUGUUGUCAAUUGUGAACGUCUGCCUCGAUUUCUGUUAAGGAUAUAUUGCUUUUUUAAGAUACAGUGUUUGCUAUAUCCUGUCCCUGAUUUAAGAAAGUUAGUGGAUUAGAGAGGAGUAAAUACUUUACUUCUUAAGCACAAGUCAUAUUUUAAUUACCUUUCAGUGAGUCCCUUCAGAACACAGCACCUUAUGAGGGUGUCAGUGGAGAUGGGUGGGUAGAUCGAACAAUGCACAUGUUAGCGGAAGCAAAUCAUUGUGGAUUUUUAAAAUGUUUAAAAAUAUUAACAUAAAAUAUGAAUAUGAAAUGAGUAACAAUCUUUGUUCUUACUGGUUUGAGGAAUAGUACGUCUGUGUGUACAGUACUGUAUGUGCAUGAGUGCAGGGGUUUGUCACUUAAUGGAUGCCCAUGUAAUGUUUUAUUUAUUUCACUGGGUUAUUGCCAGUGAUUGAUAUUAUAAAGUAUUUGUAGUCAACAUGAUUUCCACGAUCUGACAAUCACCUAGACCGGUUUCCCCGGAUCCUUGCAUUCCUUGUCAAUUUGCAUUUAAGGUAUAUACAAUAUUAGAAACUUACAAAAUAGUUUGACCUGCUGAAUUAAGAUUAAAGAUAUAAUAACUUCAGAAUUUCAGCCAUUAAAACUGCUUCAGUCAAGUUGGGGAUAUUAAUCAAAAGCAUGGGUCAGGUUAGAGAAGGAUACCAAUGCAGCCAGAGCAAGGGUGGGAGACAGGUGGGCCUAUAUUAAAACUAAUAAGACCCAUUAUAUUUAGUGUAUUUUAACAGGCAAUAUUGAUUUUCCAUACAUGCUAUGCCACUACAAGUUCAUGACAUUGCCACAGCCCAAUAUCAGCUGAGAGACACCAGCCAAGAUGAAAACAAAAUACCAGAGCUGUGCAUCUACAGAAUGUCUGAAAUGGCAAAUCUAAGAAGCUGUGAUACAAUUUGUAUCAUCAUUGUUAGCAGUGGGAAUAAUGCCCGUCAGUGUAUCAAAGACAUUAAGUACCCUGGACAGCGCCUGCAUCCCUGGUUGCCUCUGGAUCGGCACUUUAGACAGCUGCCGUGACACACAGGUGCAGAAUGUUAGAAAAGAGCCAUCUGAGCUGUACAGGCAACCAGGAUGAUGCUAUAGACUGUAGGCUGAUUCAUUGAUUGUUACAUUAACCUGAAUCAGGCCUCUACUGGGCAUUAAAAUCACUCCAUUUCAUCAUAAGAAUGUGUACUCUCAAUCAACUUGAAAAUUACCAUUGUAUUUGAUGACUAUACUUAGGUCAACUUCUCUAUCUAUAAAGUCAUAGUCUGCUCCCAUGUCACCACUGGUGUUGCUUGCACAUCAUUGAAAAAAAAUAACUUGUGCAGUGCAGACACAUUUAUUCUGGUAAAAAAUACAUUGCUGCCAAUCAAAUUCUGCAUAUUUCAGCCACAUAACCAUGUAGUAUAGUUACACUCAGACAGCAAAAGCAAUAACCACAUACAUAUUAGAGACAAUCAAGCAAGCUGAGUGGGUGCAACAUAGAUUUU